AUAUGUGUGUUUUCAAAACAACAAACACAAAUAAUAAAUAAUAACUUCAACACAUCAAACACGAACAAUAAAUAAGUUCACAGUCAUGAAUUCGCUUGUUCUUCGCCACUUAUUGAUUUUCCUAAUAGGUCUUGGGACUUCUUUGGCACUCAGACAUGGGAGAUGUUCAUUAAUCGCAAAUCCUGGUCCUUGCAAUGGAAAUUUUGAAAUGUUUGCCUACGACUUUGCAAACAAUGUCUGUGUAGAAUUUAUCUACGGUGGUUGUGGAGGAAACCCAAAUCGUUUUCAAACUAAAAAAGAAUGCAUACUUCUAUGUGAUGCUUUAUCAGACGAAGAAGAUGAAGAGCCUAUGGUUUCUGCGGAGAAUGAUGAAUAUAUGAUAAGACAAGAAAAAACAAAUGGCACGGCAUCAUUUAAUAAAACUACAUUAUCAGAAGGUCCAGAAAUAACCACGAAAAAAUAAAAAAAAUAAUAAUCACUUUA